AACGGGAAAGCAGAUUCAGGGGUAGAUUAUUGUCCCGCCCUAUUCAACUGCCACUCCCUUUCUUACUAAGAAAAAGAUGACACUAUCCCUGCCUGCCACUUCCAAUCAUUUUUAUUUAAUACUUACAAACAGACCAAAUGAUUGAUUCUCCCACAAUUUCCAUCAUUUCAAUUUCAAUCAAAACAAAGAUAAUGUUUCCAUAAACUGACUGAAUUCAAGUCGAAGAAGCAGAAGAAAUAAAGAAAAAAAUGUGGAGAAGAAGCUUUAGCAGCAGCAGCAGCACGCUGAAGUCGAGAAAAUGGGACGCAUUAGUGAUCGGAGGUGGCCAUAACGGUUUAAUAGCAGCCACCUAUUUAGCCCGUUCCGGUCUCGCCGUAGCUGUUCUAGAACGUCGCCACAUCAUCGGUGGAGCAGCUGUAACUGAACAGGGAAUUCCAGGCUUCAAGUUUUCUCGCUGCAGUUACCUUUCUGCCCUUCUCCGUCCCUCUAUCAUCAAGGACUUGGAUUUGAAAAGACAUGGACUGAAGUUCUUGAAGCCAAGAGCUUUCGCGUUUACGCCGUGUUUGGAUGGCCGUUAUCUCCUCUUAGGUCCUGAUGAGAAACUGAAUCACUCUGAGAUUUCUAAAUUCUCUGAGCAUGAUGCUCAUGCUUUUCCAAGAUACGGAAUGCACCUGUCCAAGUAUUCUAAAUUCAUGGAUCUAAUUAUGGAAUCACAUACUCCUGAGACUUUGCGUGGUGACAAUCCAUCUUUUAUGGAUCGCCUAAGAGAUAAGAAGCACAAAUCAAUUUUUUGGGCACGGUGUCUAUAUCAUGCUCUCUCUCUAGGCCAGAAAGAUAUGGUGGACUUUGCGAACCUUUUACUGUCUUCAAUGUCGAAGGUUCUAAAUAACUGGUUUGAGUCAGAUAUAUUGAAGGCCACAAUUGCAGGAGAUUCGAUAAUUGGAAGUAUGGCAAGCAUUCAUAUGCCUGGUAGUGGAUAUUUUCUGCUGCAUCAUCUAAUUGGUGAAGUCGACGGUGAUCGUAACAUUUUUGCGCACGUUGAAGGCGGAAUGGGUUCAAUAAGUGUGGCCAUAAGUAAAGCUGCUAAUGAAGCUGGAGUUCAUAUUGCAACAAAAACUGAGGUUUCAGAGUUGAUGAUUGAAGACUCUGGCAUAGCAAAGGGGGUCUUUCUAGCUGAUGGAACACAAGUGAAUUCCUCUGUCAUUUUGUCCAAUGUGACCCCUUAUAAAACCUUCACAGAAUUGGUACCUCAAAGUGUUCUUCCUGAUGACUUUGUCCGUGCUAUCGAGUACUCUGACUACAGCUCUGGAUCAACAAAAAUUAAUGUAGCUGUUGAUACAUUACCUCAGUUUUCAUGCUUCAAACUGCAUCAUCAAGAGGUGGGUCCACACCAUACAGCUCAAAUUCAAAUAGGAGCUGAAAGUAUGGAGGAGAUUGGUUCAGCUUGUCAAGAUGCUUGGAAUGGCAUCCCAUCUCGAAGACCUACUAUUAAAAUGACAAUUCCAUCUUCAUUGGACAAUACCAUUUCCCCCCCUGGCAAGCAUGUUAUCAACUUGUUUACACAGUACACACCUUACAAUCCCUCUGAUGGUAGUUGGGAAGAUCCUACAUACAGAGAUGCAUAUGCAAAAAGAUGCUUUUCCUUGAUUGACGAGUAUGCGCCGGGGUUUAGCUCAUCUGUCAUUGGUUUUGACAUGUUAACACCGCCAGAUCUUGAAAGGGAAUUUGGUCUCACAGGAGGCAAUAUUUUUCAUGGUGCCAUGAGUUUGGAUUCGCUUUUCUUGAUGCGGCCAGCAAAAGGAUGGUCAGGUUACAGGACACCAGUAAAGGGACUGUAUAUGUGUGGGAGUGGAACGCAUCCAGGAGGUGGAGUGAUGGGUGCACCCGGUCGCAAUGCUGCUCAAGUUGUUCUCCGUGACUUUAAGAAAAGUUCUGGCUAGCAACUCCUUUUUUGUUUUUUAUUGUUGGCAGCAACGCUUUAUAAGAUUGACACUUCGUGCCUUUCUCUUCUUUUUUUUUUUUUUUUUCUUUCUUUUGCAUUUGAGACUUCAAUGUCUUUUUCAACAAAAAUAAGAUUCAAAUAUUGCACGUCAGGUCAAGGAGUCUCUUUUGACCUUUUA